AUGGCGUCUUUGGCGCUAUGCUCCCACAGUCACGCCGCACUCGUUCGACCCCUUCUCUACGAGCACAUCACAAUACUCAGUGGAGUACUUCGACAAUACAAGCAUCUAUACGGGUCACAGCGGAAAUAUGAGCAUGGUCAUCUCUUCGCUUUAGUGACUACGAUUCUGUCACGGCCGUCACUCUUCGGCCCCUUCGUCAAGUCCAUCAACAACAUUACUCGCACCGAAUGGUCGUCUGACCUUGGAGAGAUUUCUCUCUUCUUUCGAGCCAUGACCAACCUCCGCUCUCUGCGGUUUGGCCACCAUUCUUCACCCAGCCCCGUGUUCAUAUCACAAGUCUGUGUUAGCGGGAUCUCAGCAUCGUUGGAGGAAUUCGAAUGUAAUCGCACACCGGCUGUCCCCUCCAUCUUCGAGUUUCUGCGCUCCCAUCCGAAUCUUUCGGUAUUGCGCCUAGGUACCGUCAGGAAUCAGCAUCAAAACGGCCAAGAUGAAUCUCAGCACCGAUUCGAGUCUAUCUCCGAGUCCCCACGAGCUCAGCUGCCAAACCUUACGUCCCUCGAGCUGAAAGUUGGUUCUGGUAUGCUCGCUUUCAGCACCGAGUUGCUGCUUAGAGUGUCUAAUACCCAUCUUGAGCGGCUAUCGAUUGCCUACUCCGAUCCUUCAUCGACGCGACUGAAUGGCACGGUCCUGAAUCAUCUCGACGCCCUCUAUCACGUCUGCAGUGCCAGACUCAACCACCUCAUCAUCGAAGACACGCCGCAUCAAUGUCCCCAGUCUUUUUCCUGGAUCAUCUCUAACGUACUGCCUAGGAUACCGCACCUUCGUACUCUCGAGCUCCGCCAAGCUCAAUACAAAUACCGUACGAAUGAGAGCCAGCCCCAACAAGUCAUCCACACCGACUCUUUGACCUUGACGUCUGGGGGAACAGACGUCCUCUCGGCUUUUCCGACGAAAUUGGAGACGGUGAGGUGGGUCGGCGCAGACGCGUACUUUCCUUCGGUGCGAAGCGGUCUUUCGCCACUCGGAGCAUCGAACGCCAAAGCGCUGUUCGAGUUAUUUUCGUCGCUGAAGGUGGUGGAAUAUCACGAGAGGGGGUAUGUGUUCAUUUUUAGGAGGUUGGAGGGCGGGGUGAUCAAGCGUCAGACCAUGAGGUUCAAGCAGCCUGGCUUUAUAUUCGCUUGAUCCUCGUCACCCCAGCGCCCCGCUCACUUAGUCGAGUGUACGAUCAUGAUGUCAUAGGUUCGACGG